UACUGAAAGAAUAAGAAUUGAGCGCAAAGAAAUCAAUCGGUUUUUACUAGCUCGUGCAAAAGAUAUUGGAUAUUGGAUGUUGGAUUUGUUGCGGUUAAUACGGAUAGUGCGUUCUUCGUUAACCUAAUGACAGUUCAUAUUACACAAUACUUGUCAUUUCCUUGGGAAUUUGUCACCUCAUUAUAUUGGAGACGAUAUCCAAAUCCUCAUGCAAAGCAUGUAUUGUCUGAAGAUGUCUUAGAAAGGUAUAUUCUACCAGAUGGAAAAUUGUACACUAAACGACUGCUAAUCAAGAAGAUAUCAAAAAGAAUACCGUUUUGGAUGCUUAGGUUUUUUCCUAGGGGCCAGGUAUCUGUUAUCGAAGAAUCUAUUAUUGACGUUAAUGGUAAACGCGUCGAUGUCGUUUCGAAGAAUUUCGGUGCUUAUAAAAAAUACCUGCAUGUAGGGGAGUAUUGUUCGCUAGUGCCAUCAGAUGAUCCUUCCGUAACAAAAAUAUCACGAACACUUUCACUUGAAUCCAGUUUAAAAGGCUUUUUACGUUCAGCUCUCAUGAAAACAUCUCAAACCUACUAUAAUUCCUCAUCUAAUGAUACGUACUUAGGAUAUCUGUAUCUUUGUAAUAUGUAUAGCAACACAGCCAAAUCUAAAGAACGGCAGUCAACAAAUGAUAUGACUAAAAGUUCUGUCCGAACGGGUAGUACAAGUGGAACACAGGAAUACACUUCAUCUAAACUACCUCGUGUGGUCAUGGCAGAUUCCGGAUAAUUAUACAUCAAAUACAUUAAGACCGUUAUUUCCUCAUACAUUUCUUUUUUGUAGCAACAUUUUGUACUUAGGAUUUCUUGUUAUUUUUUAAACUAUGUUGAUGCUACGAAACAUUCACUUUUUUCUAUUAAUAAAUACCAAUGUUUUCUAAUUUUUUUUCUGCGAUCCAUCACUCUAGAAUUACUCGAAUAAAUCAAAUAUAUAUGGUCUUUUUCUUUUUGGCGUUUAAUCUCUUUCUUAGAUUGUCUAAUUAUAUUGUAUUUUCAUAGUGAUGAAUCCCUAAUUGUGUUAUACGAAAUAGAGAAAUAUAUUCGUAUAGUAAACG